AUGUCGGAAAUGGCGUCAUCGGGCGAUGAUGCCGUAGACGCGCGCAUGGCACACAGAAUCGCGGAUCUGGAGAGAGCUCUCGCGAUUGCGAAGGAGGAACAGGACUUGGCUAGGGAGGAGUUGGUGCAAGUGAGACAAUACAGGGAAGAAGAUCGACAUGCGAUUGAAGAACUGAGGGCGCAGCUCGCUGAGUCGAGCUCGGUCGCGGAUAGAGUCCCACCGGCACAGCUCGAAGAACGGAUCGCGUCGCACGAUAAUACGCGUCAACACCGCCUCGAGCGACCACAUUCAAACAGUGAAGCAGACGAUCUGCGCCUGCGCCUCCACGCCGUCGAGAAGGAAUCACAAGAGAGACUUCAUCAGCUUCUAGCACUGAAGUCAAGCAUAUCAUUGCUCACGCGCAUGGAUUCGCAGAUAACGGAUAGCGAGCUGGCAGAAUCUUUCUCACAACUUGCGAACCGCGUGCGCGAAUGGACUGUGUCGAAUUUCAGACGAUCGAGGCUGAAUCUGGACAACCUUCCGAAGGAGACGGGGGAAGUUCUCAGCGCGCUGAAUCCGCUGUACAGUGUUAACAUUCGGAGUACGGAUAAGCUUGCGCUGUAUCAGGCUAUCGUGUCGCAAUCGCUUAUGCAGAUCUUCGAUGCUCCUGUUGUAUUUGGACUACCUAGCACAGGUCCUUUCGCUACCUUGCGACCACUCGCAGAGCGUACGCGGCAUCUUGGUACUACAUAUCGGGAAUGGGUGCGCGCUACCGUGCAAGUCCUCGAACGCAGCGAAGCGAAGCGAGAUGUCGAUACCGAAAGAGAAGCCUCACUACACGGACUCGCCGGAGAGAUCAGCCACAUACUCUUCACGCUUACAUCUGUGAGCCUUCCGCCGAAUGCCCAGUCAAUGCUCACCGGGAUAUUGAAAGACGCCGUGACGUUGCAGCGUACACUGGCUCUGCAAAAGGCACGCUACCAGCUGCUCUUCCUCCGCUGUCAAGAUGCCAGUAUGCAGUUUGAUGACCGUACGAUGGAAGCUGUGAAUGACGUUGAUCCCGCUGUGGAAGAUGGUGCUGAUAUGGAUGUGGAUCCCAGAUUUCUGUUCUGCGCGUUCCCGGGUUUGAUCAAGUACGGGGAUGAGUGGGGAGAGCAUGUUGAGAUGAGCAAUGUGUUGUUGAAAGCGAGGGUGUGCUCUGGUGUGAAUGGAGCGCUAUAA